CUGGAGACAGGCAGCACCACAGAGAAGGUGGUCUAAAGAGGAAACUGUUUGUCUGUGUUGCUAUCUACACUUCUCUGGAUCGUUGUCUAGAAAGUGAGUUGAAAUGCUAAUAGUUUCAGAUAAUUCUAAAAACAGAACAUUUUAUUAUUAUAUCCUUGUUCUGAGUUUGGUGGUCUGUGUCUUGACUGGAAAAUGUCUGAAUGCCCUUCUUUUGUAAUUUUUUUAACGGUGGAAGUUUAAGACAGGUGAUGGAGACGCCAAUGGCUGUUGAGGAUCUACAGAGAGGGAGGGAAGUUGAGUCUAGAGAGGACUUGCACUUUGAAGAGGACUAUAUGGAGGAGGCACAUUCUGUGGAGAGCAGCCUAAUGGCAGCACUAACCCACCAUGAGAGAAGCAUGUACAGUGCCGGAUUUGCGGUUCAAGCACACAUCACUGAGGUGGUACGCCCUGUGGAGAGGUGUGUGGAACAUACCUUUGUCCAGGUGCAGGGGAACAUGGACAGUGUGGGGCUGCUCUUUGAGGAGUGCAUCAAGGAGGUGGGCCGUCUAGAAAGUCAAAGGGAUGAAUUGGUACGGGAGCUGUUGCAGCUGGAGCAGCCCAUGCUGCAUGCUACUGUGGCUCUGAGGGGACAGUUGUUAGAGGCACAUAGAGUUCUCACUAGUGUCCAGCUGGAGUUUAUUAAUCUGCAGAUAGAGGUGGGACAGGUGAAGAGUAAGCUGUUUGUCACAGCCAGGGACUGUAUCCAGAGCCAGCUAGCGCUGGCUGCACAGCAGUAUGAGGUGGCCCAGUCUGCAGUCACACAGGAGGAGCUCCAGGCCCAUGUCCAGAGUCUCACCGAGGAGGUAGCCCAGCUUCAGGAGACCCAGCACAACCAGCUGAACACCCUAAAGGACCGGGCCAGACAACCAUCCCGCCCUCGGGCUAUGAGCGAUGUCACUCACUGCCGACGAGCAUCCCUGGACCUGCAGCGGCGCCUCAGUGGCAGCAUGAGGAAUCUAGAAGGCUGGUACGAGCCGCGCCUACUAGCCCUGCUCCGGAGGAGGCAGGCUGGGGAGGAGACCCUGAGGAGGAGCAGGGAUGUGGGCCAGGACCUGAAGGCCAGACUGGGGCCCCUGAAGGAGCAGACCCAGAGGCAGGAGCUGCAGAGAGCUUGUCUAGAGGAGAGGAUUGCUCUGAUGGAGAGGGAGAGGGUGGAGAGAGUGGCACAGUAUAAGGAGACUGUGGACUCUCUUGAGGAGACCAUGAGGAAGCUGAAGCUGGAGCUUUGCAUUCAGAAAAAGGCAAACAGACAAUUGGAAGAAUUGAAGAAGGGACUUUUGAGAGAGCUGAACUAUGACAGGGGCUGUAUUGAAGUGAAUGAAACUGCUUGAAGGGAGUCCUAAUUUUUCCAUACUUGUCAAUGGAAGUAGGACAGUUGACAAAAUAUUCAGAACCCUUCAGACCAAACAUGUUGUACUGUGCUUGUGAUGGUGCAUUUAGCCAAUAAUGUCAGUUAUUGGUGCACUUAAUCUGCUCUUAGUGCAUCAACAAUGGCGUUAUGAUAGUUGGCCUUAACUAUGAGAUCAGCCUGUCUUAACUGUAAAUGAAAGGUCUACGGUAAAUACAUUUUUAUUAUGAAUACACUUACAAAACAUGGGAAUCCGAUGCAGAUGUGGCAUACAAAGAAAAGACACAUAGGGAUGAUAUACAUACAAAGCUCGAAAGCGGAUAUCUACAAUUCAGAUGUCAUGGGAAUAAAAUGAAAAUCUAUGUACAAUUUCUUAUGAAA